GUUCAAGGAACGUACUAGCCACAGGGAUUGUUGUUAGCGGGAUUGCUAGCAGGGGCAGUUCUUGUUUGACAUUUCAAUUGGAAUAUGCACCCUCAAUCUUGAUACUGUUAACUGGCGAAUCUUUGUUGCAUUAUUUAUGUCAUUUGACUGAGUAAAUCAAAAUUUGGUUCGACAAGUUGUUGUUGGUCGCAGUCGGUUGAGGUGAGUUUUAUCUACCUAGCUAACGCUGGUUAGCUAACUAAGCCCAUUUGAAGCAAAACUAAAUGGCGUUAGCUACGUGGUGUUACAUCAAGUUGCUACAUAACCUUGUCAGACAGAUGCAUCAAUACAUCUCAGAAAAUGUUAUAUUUCUGCUGGCAGACUGAGUCCUUAAACAUUCACGAUGCCUUUAGCAUGUAGAAAAUAUCGCUAAUGUUCGCUGGCUAAUGUGUUUUUCACGAUUAGCUAACUACAGUAGUUACAUGAGCAUGUGAACAGCAUCGUACAACAGUAGUUAGGCUAGCUAAACAUUUGGAUAGGGUUCGAACAAAUUAACGAUCUCAUAAAAAUACACAGUAUUUGCUACAGUAUUGAAAUAAUGAUAGCAAGGACAGUUGUUGUGCUAGCUAACGUUAGUCAUAUCACUGGGUUUCACGAUGAUGACGUUCGAACAUGGCUAGCUAGCGUUAGCCACAAUGUGUUGCUAGCAGUAGCUUACUAAAAAGACCACCGGGAAGUCAACCAUCCUUAUUAGCUAACGUUAACUGAACGAAAUCUGUUUUUCAUCUACAUUUUUCUUACUACGACAGUUAAGGCUAACUUGUUAUUUGAAAAGGAUAACUAGUUAACAGUGCUCUAUACAUAUUUGACCUGACACGCUCGUACAUUUAGCCACACAAGUUCGGGCGCGCACGACUCCGCUAGCAGUGGAUGGCGUCAGGCCCUCUCUUGGCAGAGGGGGAGGGGAAUGGGCAGGUCUUAUUGCUGGUUUAGAAGCUAACAGCUAGCCAGUUAACAUCUCACUGUUAGCUUGUGGAUUGUCUUUGGGACGUGUCGUCCCCGCUAAAUAAGAAACAUACAUUAAUUGGAUUAGACUUGUGGAUGUGUUCCCUAGCCAUAUUCCUUAUGGCGGUUUACCACGUUGAGCGAUGAGAGUAACGUGACUUCCUAGUUAUUUAGCUAGCGUGCUUGCUAAGAUAAAUGGUUGAGUAACGUUCGUCCAGUCGGUAGUUAGCCAAUGCGUCCCAUCACACUGUAGCUAGCUACAUAGUUAUCUAUAUAUCGUCCACUAAAGCAGUCAAUAUAAAUUCUAGCUCAUAUUCUGGCCAAACAUCCUUCCUUAUCCCUCCAAAGUGAUCACAGUAACGUUCAUAUCAUCAACUUUUUGGAAAUAUAGCCACUAGUUGUGGGAGAGACAGAGAUACUGGAGAAUCCCAUAAAUGUGUGCCACAGAGUCUGAAAUGUGCUAAAUGAAUGGAAUACCAAGUAUCCAACUUCAAAUGAGCAGUUGUGUCAGGGUGACUAUCAAUUAUCAACCACUCAAGUAUGCCUAAAUGUUAACUGUGUUGUACCUGUGCAUCCUAGCGCUUUUGAGUAUGAAUAUACAAUGAAGAGGCGUGCGGAGGAUCAGGAACCAGUAUUUGCGUCCCAGCAGCAGCAGCGUCGCCCCCCAGUCCCGGGUACUGCGGAGGGCUUCCAGCACCGCGUCCUAGCCCCAGCCGUGUACGAGGCUGUCACCGACAACAUGCAGCCCUCCCCCGGCAUCCAAUACUCCAUCCCCCAGGGUUACCAGGUAUGGGAACUGUUGCCAUCUCUCUUGAAUCUAGAUGAGAGCAUGUUGCACAGAAAAUAAUACUUUUACUAGAUUCUACAAUGCAUUAAUUUAUAAGUACCAACUAACCAGCAAACUGUAGUUUUUGCAUUGGCCUUUUCCGAGGCCUUGUUUACUAUUUUAUCACAGGCAGAAUGCUGAUAUUUGACUGAAUCUUGACCUCCAGGUUCCCACAAUGCCCCAGAACUCCAGUGGUCAUGGACACGCCUCUAGUCCCGCUGCACUUGUCGGGCCCCACCCCCACAGUCCAGCUGUCCAAUCACAAGGGGCUGCGGUGGUCCAGAGCCAUGUCCAUCCUUUGACCCCUAUGGCCCCCUCACAGGGUGCACAGUUCCAGCGACUCAAGGUGCGUUUUUCAUUUGUUUACAUUUUAUUGAACGUACAAAAGAGAUUUAAAAACAAGCACAUGUACUAAAUGCAGAAUAUAGUGGAGGUAUAAUGGACUCAAUUAGGACCUGUUGAUUUCAAAGCAUGGAAGAUAGUAGGGCUGGGAGUUGCCAGGGAUACGAUAUUAUCUCCAUACUUAGGUACCGAUAUUAUUGUGAUUCUCACGAUUCUAUAUGUACUCUGUCAUUUUAUUUAUUCCAUGUUACAAACAUUGCUCACCAUAUGUCUGCUGCAGAGGGACGAGAGCCAUGAGAAAAUGAGUUUUGAUCAGUUAUGGAAAUAAAAUUGCUGAAAACAAAUUGGCUCCCAAAAAGGAAAACAAGCUAUGAAAGAAAAAUACUGGAGUUUAGUUGGUACAGCCAAAUAGUGCAAAAAUAAUAUUGAGAUAUUGUCAAAAUGAUAGGAUAUAUCGUCCAAAAUAAUAUCCCUAUAUGUAACUGUAUUGAUCCCCCCCCCCCCAUCACUAGUAGAUAAUGCAGCAAUGAGAUUAGUCAACAAUUAAAGUAUGGAGCUUGUUGUGAUGUUUUCAUUAUCUUCAUCACUUCAUCAACUUCUUUUUACCUUUGAAAAAAUGUGGUUUAACUGGCAUAACUGUGUUUGUAGGUUGAAGAUGCUCUGUCCUACCUGGACCAAGUGAAACUGCAGUUUGGGAAUCAGCCUCAAGUCUACAACGACUUCCUCGACAUCAUGAAGGAGUUCAAGUCACAGAGGUCAGUUUCAAUUUAGUUAGUUUUUCUAAGCAGACACUGUAAACAUCCACGUAAGCAAUUAACUCUUGUGCUAUAGGAAGAUAUUCAAUAUGUUUGAGGGGAUCAGUUUGAGCAAGGCGAGGCGUGGAGUCGCUAAUCUUGAUCAUAUAAUUAGUAGUUAUUUGAGAAGCAAGGUGAUUUGUAGAUCAGUGAUUCUGCACAGUCUGACUGCGAUGUAGUCAAUCUUAAACACGCACAUUGACUUUCAUAGCAUCGACACUCCGGGCGUGAUCAGCCGCGUCUCCCAGCUCUUCAAGGGCCACCCAGACCUCAUCAUGGGCUUCAACACCUUCCUGCCGCCGGGCUACAAGAUUGAGGUCCAGACCAACGAGCAGGUCAACGUGACCACGCCGGGUCAGAUCCACUACAUCACCCCGCACGGCAUCUCGGUCCAGAACCUCCCCGUCACGGGCCCUCCCAGCCAGCCGGUGCCGCAUCAUCACCAGGCCCUGCAGCUGCCCAGCGGACCCCCCACCAGCACCGCCACAGCCAACCCCGCUCUACCCACCCAGCCCACACCAGCCAAGACCAGCAAGGUCCCAGCUCACUAAGACCCUUUUCCUUUGUCGUGUCAUUCUGUGCGAGAACCUCUUCUCGAGUUCUGUUUCUGCAUGUUGAGUUUCCUAUUGGAGAUUUGAACCCCAAGUCAUUGGCUUAUUUAUUCAUUUGUUAUGUAAACAUGUAUUGAUUUACUUAUUACUGUAUAGUUACGUAUGUAAAGAUAUAAUUCUACUGUUUUAUCCUUGUGACAUGCUGAUGUGUACUUGGAAGUUGGAGGCAAAACUCAUUGCCCUUCUCUGUUUCCCCCCAUAGCCGAUGCAGUCUCCAGCCCUGACCCCGACUAGCCAGCCCAACCCGUCGAUCCCCUCCUACGCCUCCCCACGCUCCCCCUCGGUCCAGUCCCACACCCCGGUGAGCAGCACCCCCUCCAGCGGGCCUCCCCUGCAGAACAACCAGCCCGUGGAGUUCAACCACGCCAUCAACUACGUCAACAAGAUCAAGAACCGCUUCCAGGGCCAGCCCGACAUCUACAAAGCCUUCUUGGAGAUCCUGCACACUUACCAGGUAAAAACACAGCGAGAGGGCUGCCCCACACAAAGCAUUGCAUUCAAUAAAUCUGGCUUCUUUCUGAAGGGUGAUUUUAUUUGCAGUAUAAACAACAAGCUAUAAAAUGACAGUGUCCACACAGAUUUCUGUUCGUAACCUGGUUCACCAUUCAAUAUGAACUUAAGGUUCCAUGCCAGCUCUACAAUGAAACUGCAGACAGGGCAGUGGUGCCCUUUGUGUGGUCUCCCUGGUCACUUUCUGGGAACAUGGCUACAAGAACCAGAGGUGCACUGGAUAAUCAUUGCAGAAAGAAACUUUAGAGGAAGGAAAUUCUGACAAUUAAUUAUAUAAUUUUGUUUACAUUUACCCUAUAAUGUCAUCCUUGGUAAAAGUUUUUGGUAUAGUCUUUAACCAGUGGUCUGAUUGCUGCUUUUGCAGAAGGAGCAGCGAAAUGCGAAGGAGGCGGGGGGUAACUACACCCCAGCAUUGACAGAGCAGGAGGUGUACGCUCAGGUGGCCCGGCUCUUCAAGAACCAGGAGGACCUGCUCUCGGAGUUCGGACAGUUCUUACCAGACGCCAACAGUUCAGUGGUGAGUGUUUCACAUUGACGCUAAAACGUCCUCUAUUGCAAGAGAUGCAUUUGGCUCCAUUGGUUGCCAAACUAGAUUCAAGUAAUGCUUCCUUCACCUGAGAUGUUAUUUCAGAAUGAUAGAAGUUGAGUUUAAACUAUGUGAGGACAUUGAAAUACAAACUUGACCGCUGUCAUAUCAUAUUAUUGUUUUGAUAUGACUAAUACCACCUGUUUUUUUAUUUACUACAUCAUAUGACUCAGACAACAGGGUUCAUGGUCAAGAUGCACUGAUAAUGCCUUUCAGUUUGAUGUAAUAACUGUAUAUUCUGUGCAGAUCUACUCAGACCUUGCCUAUCUUAAACACUCACAUUUAUCUCUGAUCCAGAGUUGUCCCCCUUUUCUCCAGCUGCUGAGCAAGACCACAGCCGACCGGGCGGAGUCGGUACGCAAUGACCACGGCACCACGGUCAAGAGGCCCCUGAUGAACAACAAGCAGCGGCUCAACCAGAAUGGCUGUCCAAUCCGGAGGCAUUCCGGAGCGGGCGCCACGCCUCCCGUCAAGGUAAACUAGCGCCCUGUCGUUGACAGUGUCAAUAAGUCUUUGUAUGUAAAUGUUUUGCCGCCAAACUGAUGGCAGUUGUGAAAAAGUCAAUAGUUGGAAGAGUUGAUUGAAAAUAAUUAUAUUUUCUCUUGAACCAUAUGAUCUAUCCACUAGAGACUCAUGGACCAUAUGGAUACAGAUAUAAGAAAUGAAUACUAUAUAUUAAUGCUUAAAAAAAAAAAAAGUUAUUCAAGUAUAAAUUACCAAAAUGAUCAUAGAUUACCUGUUAAUUACCAAAAUUACAGAAGAUUCCGGUAACUUUGGUAAAUUACCGGUAGUUUUGCAACCAUAUUUGUCAGACAUGCGGCUAUUAAGAAACGAUUUAGCAGUAGUAACAGUAACAGUUGUAGUACUGUUCAUACAGCUUAGAAUGGUAUAUGUUUGACUAGAGCAUCCCAUAGAUCUGUAAACUCUUUAAAUGUGGGAUUUGUACCUUAUUUACUAACCCUAGAACUGUAAUAUACUGCUGAAACCUCUGUCCCUGGAUCAGUUCAUUGGUCUACCAUGUCAGUGGUAAUGGAGUACUUAUUUACGCUCAAUUCCUCUCUCUUUCCCACCCUUGCAGAAGAAACCCAAGAUGUUGGGGAAAGACCAUGCCAUGGCUGAGGCCAGCAAACAUAGCAUCGGCACAGAAUCUCUUUUCUUUGAAAAGGUCAGUCUAAAUUUUUUUUAAAAACCUAAUGUGAAUGUUAAACCUAAUGUGAUCUAUACAAAUGACGCCUAUAGAAAUAAUUGAUUCCGUUCCAACUGAACAUGAUUUGAAUUAAAUAAUUGCCUGGCUGUGAUGAGACGCUGUCCCCCUAACCCAAUUGUAAAGUCAUUCAAAUCAAAUCAAAUUGUAUUUGUUACAUGCUCCGAAUACAACAGGUGUAGACCUUACAGUGAAAUUCUUACUUACAAGCCCUUAACCAACAAUGCAGUUUUAAGAAUGAAUACCAAAAAAAAAAUACAAUAUAAAAUAAUACGAAAAAUAAAAGUAACAAAUAAUUAAAGAGCAGCAGUAAAAAUGACAAUAGCGAGGUUAUAUACAGGGGGUACCGGUACCGAGUCAAUGUGCGGGGGUACAGGUUAGUCGAGGUAAUUGGGGUAAUAUGUACAUGUAGGUAGAGUUAUUAAAGUGACUAUGCAUAGAUAAUAGACAGAGAGUAGCAGCAGCGUAAAAGAGGGGUGGGGGGGGCAAUGCAAAUAGUCUGGGUAGCCAUUUGAUUAGAUGUUCAGGAGUCUUAUGGCUUGGGGGUAGAAGCUGUUUAGAAGCCUCUUGGACCUAGACUUGGCACUCCGGUACCGCUUGCCGUGCGGUAGCAGAGAGAACAGUCUAUGACUAGGGUGGCUGGAGUCUUUGGUGCAGCUGUAGAACCUUUUGAGGAUCUGAGGACCCAUGCCAAAUCUUUUCAGUCUCCUUAGGGGGAAUAGGUUUUGUCGUGCCCUCUUCACGACUUUCUUGGUGUGCUUGGACCAUGUUAGUUUGUUGAUGAUGUGGACACCAAGUAGUGUGUAUUUACAGAGCUGCUUUCUAAUCACAGGUGAGGAAAGCCCUCCGGAGCUCCGAGGCCUAUGACAACUUCCUGCGAUGUCUGCUCAUCUUUAACCAGGAAGUGAUUUCUCGUGCAGAGCUUGUGCAGCUAGUGCUACCGUUCCUGGGGUAAGCUUUAAGCAGCCAUCACCUGCGACAAACAACCAGUUAAAAACUUUUCACAAUUUAUCAGCCAGACUACCGGUCAAGCAUUCUUCUCUAUUCGUAAUAUUGGCCUCCUAUGCAUAGAUGGCCUUGCUACAGGUUGUUUGUUAACGGCAUGUGAAAAUAAAAGCUUUUUUCUUUGUAAUUCAUCCUGAUAUUUUGCCGCCCAUCUAACACCCAUUCUGGAAUGUGAUCCGCAGAAAAUUCCCAGAACUGUUCUCCUGGUUCAAAAACUUCCUGGGCUACAGAGAGUCCAGCCACAUUGAGAGCUUUCCCAAGGAGAGGACCACCGAGGGCAUGGCCAUGGAGAUUGACUACGCUUCCUGUAAGAGGUUGGGAUCCAGCUACAGGGCGCUACCCAAGAGCUACACACAGCCCAAAUGUACAGGGAGGACCCCACUGUGUAAAGAGGUGAGAGCAGCAGUUAUUGACAGUAAAAUGUUACCCUUCAAAGUCAACCAAAUUGACAUAGAGGAUCAAUACAAAUCUGAGGAAUUACUGAAAUACAUGUUUGUGUACAGGAAAAGUAAAGAGCAAUGAAAAUACAAUUUUAAGUCACUUUUGCAUGCAUCAUCCAGCCAGUAAAGUCGAUCACAGGGGUUUAAUUAGUUAGUACUGAGAUAUUGAAGCGUGGUUGUUGUUCAAGUGCUCAUCUUGGCAAGUGAAUCAAGUCGAGCAGAGCUAACAGUAUGGUCCGUUUCAGGUACUGAAUGACACGUGGGUAUCGUUCCCUUCGUGGUCGGAGGAUUCUACCUUUGUCAGCUCCAAGAAGACCCAGUAUGAAGAGCAUAUUUACAGAUGCGAGGACGAGCGCUUUGAGGUGAGACUGUCCCCCCUCUCAUGGUAGUUGUAUUCUAAUAGUACAAACCAAAAUAUGCCUGAAGUGAUGUACUGCCAUGUUCCAUACUCUCCUUCCCCUUGCAGCUGGAUGUGGUGCUGGAGACCAACCUGGCCACCAUAAGAGCCCUGGAGGCGGUGCAGAGGAGGCUGUCGCGCAUGACGGCCGAGGAGCAGGUCAAGUUCCGGCUGGACAACACCAUGGGCGGCUGCUCCGAGGUCAUCCACCGCAAGGCCAUCCAGAGGAUAUACGGCGACAAGGCCGCUGACAUCAUCGACGGGCUGAAGAGGAACCCGUCGGUGUCCGUCCCCAUAGUACUCAAGAGGUGUGAUAUGAAGAGGUUAUAUGAUGGGGAAAUAAAUGUAAAUUUGAGAAAUGUAAAGCGGUCUAAGCAAACAGCUUCCAGAAAACAUGUUGCUUUUCCCAUGUAAACCACAGUGUGUGUUCUGAAUGGCCUCGUUCCAGGUUAAAGAUGAAAGAGGAAGAGUGGAGGGAAGCCCAGAGAGGAUUCAACAAGAUCUGGAGGGAGCAAAAUGAGAAGUACUACCUGAAGUCCCUGGACCACCAAGGCAUCAACUUCAAGCAGAAUGACACCAAGGUGUUCCGCUCAAAGAACUUGCUCAAUGAGAUUGAGACCAUAUACGAUGAGGUAAGAGGCAGUGGUGUGUGUGUAUAUAUACACACCACUUACUUGAUCUGAUCUAUGUGUUAACGUCUCCCAGUAUUGAUUUAAAGGCAUAAAAAAAGAAACUCUAGCCUGUGGUUUUUUUUGCCUCCCUUUAGCGACAGGAGCAGGCUUCCGAGGACGCGGCCAUCGUGCCUGGCGGGCCCCACAUGACCCUGACCUACCAGGACAGCCAGAUUCUGGAGGACGCCGCCGCGCUCAUCAUCCACCACGUCAAGAGGCAGGCCGGCAUCCAGAAGGAGGACAAGUACAAGAUCAAACAGGUCAUCCACCACUUCAUCCCGGACAUGCUGUUCGCUCGGCGCGGGGAGCUGUCAGAUGUGGAGGAAGAGGAAGACGAUGAGGAGGAGGAGGAAGACGAAACCGGGCCAGAUGAAGACGGGUCAAAGAAGCACAACGGAUUGGCCGGCAGUGGCGGCUCCGCUAAGUCCAAGCUGCUCUACGGCAACACGGGGGCGCAGAAACUGCGUGGCCUAGACGACGCCUACAACCUCUACUACGUCAACAACAACUGGUACAUCUUCCAGCGCCUGCACCAGAUCCUCUGUUUGCGGUUGUUGCGCAUUUACGGGCAGGCGGAGAGGCAGAUCGAGGAGGACUGCAGGGAACGGGAGUGGGAGAGGGAGGUUCUGGGCGUCAAACGGGAAAAGAAUGAGAAUCCUGCCGUCCAGCUGAGACUGAAGGAGCCCAGUAAGUCCAGACAUCCUUUGAAACCAAACUCCAUUAAACUGUGUACCCACUGACCAUUUUAAGGUUUAGAUCAAAGGAUCACCAUUUGUUUUGCACCCUGUUGCAUCCAUUUUCUAUGGAGCAAAUGUACUUUACCUUCAUCAUGGAAUUUAUAUCGGCAAAGCUCUUCCUCUGAAAAAGUCUGGUCGGUCACAUUGUUUUUAACUUUCAUAGCUGCUCAAAAAUAUGACAUGCACAUGCAAACAUCUCCAGGAGCAUGUGUUUUUUGAUAAUGUCAAUGGUUCCAACACAGACCCUUGGGGUGCUCCAAUUGCACAUAGAUUCCCUUCCUAUACCACAACCAGGGGGAGAUUUUCCCUCCAAAUGUUUUCCUAAUCACUUAAAUAGGCUAACCGGGAUCGAUUUCGACAAUGUUUUGCCAAUGUAUGGCUCAUUCAUGCACAGGAUACCAUCUGUAAUCAAAGCCACACAAUCCUUACAUUUUAAUGCUUCAAAUAUUUCAUGCAUGUGAGCUUUGAUCGUCUCUUUCAUAGUGAACGGGCACUUGUGAAGCAACACGGAUUACCUGUAAAUGCUUAGUUAUUUUGAUAACUGUGAGAAUAAAUCUAAUACAUCGGUCAAAUCGAUGCAUCAGAUCAGAAGUUACAAUCUAAUGACAAAUGAGGGUGAGACAUUCGUUACAUAAAUAACAAUAAAAAACAUUUUAAAACUAAAAAUAGAAAUUCCUUAUAGCCCAUAGUGUCAUACUAUGAGGUUGUUGCACACACUCUCUUCCUCUCAUUUCAGUAGGUUAUAUUUUGCCAUAAUGAUCUGAUCACACUGUGCUACAAGGGAUAUACAUUUAGUAGCCUACAAAAAUCUUACCUGGGCCACGUUCAGUAGCCAAAUGUUGCCGAAAAAAAUGCCACGAAUAGUCCGUUGCAUCCUUAUUCUAAUCUAGGCUACGUGUCAGAAAAGGCAUGUUUGUUCCACAUAGAUUAUAUGUAUCUGAACGUUUCAAAACGUUGCAUCUUGCUGAACGUGCCCCUGAUGGACAAUAUUGAUUGGCAGGUGGAAUGAUGUCCAAUGAGGUUGCAAGGUAAAAGUGGGAGGCGGGAUCAGGGCACCAGAACAAUUAACUGAUACACACGUAACGUACACAAUUUUCCAGGAUCCGUUUUGGCUCGUGAACACUGCUUUCAAAAACGACUUGCUGAAAUUAUACAAAACCUCUGUAAUAUCACUUUAAAUCCUCGCAUUUACCUUUUACAGUGGACAUUGAAGUGGAGGACUACUACUCUGCCUUCCUGGAGAUGGUGCGGAACCUCCUGGACGGCAACAUGGAGCCGACCCAGUACGAGGACUCCCUCAGGGAGAUGUUCACCAUCCAUGCCUACACUGCCUUCACCAUGGACAAGCUCAUCCAGAGCAUUGUCAGACAGGUCAGUACAGUCUUUUCCCUCCGUUAGGUUCCAGACGGCGAGAAAAAAGCAAACCUUGAGGAACAUCUAGGCACCUUAGCACCAAAAUUGUCGAUUGAAAUCCGUUGAGGCCAAUCUCUUUCAGGCGGGGGGGGGGGGCAGCAACAGAGCUAGAUGUGGGCCCAUCCUGCUUAAACAAUGGUAACUUUGAUGGCUGACUUAAUGACUGUGUUCACACCUGGCGUUGUCUGUAUCACCAGCUCCAGCACAUUGUGAGUGAUGAGCUCUGCGUGCGCGUGACAGACCUCUACCUGAGCCAGAGCACCAACAAGGCCACCGGCGGCGCUCUGUCCACCCAGGCCUCCAGAGCCACCGCCGAGGGGGCAUACCAGCGCAAGGCGGAGCAGCUCAUGUCCGACGAGAACUGCUUCAAGGUAUAGCGUGUGUGGGUGGGGUGGAUGACUGUCCCACCUGGGAUGUUAUGGUGUCUCAGCAAAAUACUUUGAGUGCAUUUGAACUUUCAUGUGUACUCUCUCUCUCUGUCUAGCUCUCUGGCUUUCAUUUUUAUCUUCUUAUGUCCCCUUUCUCUCAUUAUGGUACGUUCUCUCUGACCUUUGCUGUCUGUCUUGUUGGUUGUCUCCUGGUUUGACUGGUUUGUUUGUGGUCCAGCUGAUGUUUGUGAAGAGCCAAGGCAGCGUGACCCUGACCCUGGAGCUGCUUGACACGGAGGAGGAGAACUCAGACGAACCCGCAGAGGUGUGUGUUAGUGUAUAUGGCGGGCCGGUGGUGACACCAGUCUAAUGCAUCGCCACAUUACAUUAGAACAGAUUCAGAUUAGUCAGAUUCUUGUGUGGUGACGGUUGUUCCCUCCUGGUUCUUUAAACAGCGGUGGUCCGACUACGUGGGACGCUACCUGAACUCAGACUCUGCGUCUCCAGAGCUGCGUGAGCACCUGGCCCAAAAGCCUGUGUUCCUCCCCAGGUGAGGCCUCUGGCUGUGUCCCCCCCUGUCUGCACAGCUAAAAGCAUCUACCCCCUAAAGGCUCGCUCUAAGACAGGCCAUGGCACUGUUUCACAAGCCAAAACCAGCUGACAAAAACGGCUCAUUUUGAGAAAAGUUCCAGGUCAGUGUUUUUUGCACAAACCAAACUUUCAGGGCUUUCUCCCCGUAGUCUCAAACUAAAUGGGUCCCGAGUCUUAUCCAUGAAGCACUUGUUUCAAAAAGCUCUGCCAAUAGUGAUGAAUACACACACCAGUUGAACUGUAAGUGCGCUAGGUCAUUUUUGUGUUUGCUUUCCUCAGAAAGGUAGGCCUAAGUGCAACAAAAUCAGAUGUUUAGUAGAAAUGCUGACAGUGCCUGUCUUGUUUUUGUUGGAGAAAAUGUAAUUGGCUGUCCACUCGAAAAGCAACUUGUUUCUCUCCCUUUCUGCCCCCCUGCCUUUAUCUCACAAAGAUUGCACUUUACCCUGCUGUCUUUUUAAAUAGAGGGGACUAAUUAUUUAUGCAUUUAUUCAGUCUCUUUUUUUUAAAACGGGGCCCUUUUUAUUUAUGAAUAUUGCAAUUUUUAGAUGAUAUUAGUAGGCUAGUAUUUAUUUCAACUUUCCCACUCAACAGACUAGUCAUCAAAUCAUUGGGUAAAAAAAAAAAGCAUUUAGUUUGCUUUUUUUAUUAUGAGAAUAAGGCUACAAUAGCAGUUUGAUAUAAACUGAAAGGAGGAAAAAAAAGCCAAGAUCAUGAGUUUACUUUUCACAGUGCUAAUGUAUCUAAGGGAAGGAAGUAUUUCUAUACCAUCGCGCAUAUAUUAGUGUUCUGUUGUACAAUAAUUUUCUCUGUUGGAGGAUAACCAUUUGGUUGAGCAGACAUUCUAUAUGUACAGUGUCUUUAAUUGCAUUGUCACGAUGGCCAUUUUUUUGUUGUGGCAUUGGUGAGAGGCUAAAGGCCCCUUUUGUCGGUCUAGAGAAAAUGAUUUAUUUUUUAUCAACCUUAUCAGCUACCCUGUGUUUCCUGUAAAAACAUUCUGUAUGUGACUUCUUCUAAUCCCUGUUUAGAUACAUGUAAAUGUUGUACGAAUUGAGAUUUGGGGUGUUCAGCAUACUCCUAUUAUAAUGUGUAAAACUAUUUAAGGAUACAGUGCACUCCCGUUGCAAUCUUUUUGUUGUGGGUGAGGUUUUUAUACGAGUUGACCAAGACUAGUGCUAAUAACUCAUGAAAACCUGGUCAAGCACAGCAUCUGCAACACUUGUACAAAAGAGAGGGGUUUGUGAAUAAAAUGGUCUGAAUUGUAUGCUCAAAUGUUGGUGUAUUUCUUUCCAGACGUCUCUGAGCAUUGCAUGGAAGGGUGGUUGGGUCCUCUAUUAAGCCCUGAGAUGAGUGUUGCACAUCAAGCCUGUCUGUCUUUGGUUUUCAGUGCUUGUUGCCAUUUCUCUAAAUGGCUGUCCAUAAUGUAUCAUAUACAUUUCAAUGGGCUGGAAGGACCUAUGCAAAACAGGACAAAAAAUUGGCCUCAGUUCCCCCCCUCACUUUUUUUUACCCAUUGCAUAUAUUUGGUACUUGUCUUGACUGGAUAUGAUUUAUCAGUGCUCUCACCCACAUUUAGUCUGUUUCUCAUAUUAAGAAUAUGAGAGGUUCGUACAAAAGUCAAUAGGCAUGAUUCUCUUAUUUUCCACCCAAACAAGUACCUUCAACAGCAGUGGCAACCAGCAGGUUUUCUUUUCAGUUAAAUGUUAUCCUCAUUGCAUGGUCAUAACUGCUCUGUACAUUGUCAGUGGAAGUACUGUAUGUGCACAUCAAAGUAUCUUUCAACCCAUAUCCUGGCUUGUUAACCCUUUUGGCGGCAAUGUGAGAGAAAAAAAAAAAAAAAAGUGCCCUUUCUCCCAUUCUAUUGGAAAUUGGCUACUCUAACGGCAAUGUCUUUUAAGUGGCAUUGACAAAAUAUGCUUCACGGUUUCAGUCCUCGCUCACCUCUACCCUGUGUGGUAAGUACACAUUUAAACCUUUCAUUAAAGCGGGGUGAAUAAUUGCAUUUUUAAUGCUUGCAAAAUUAAAUUUAAAUCUGGAUUCAAUUUGAUUGACCAAAAUAUUGUUUGCCAAGGAUAUUAAAGACUAACAAGAGAAUCAUCAUAUGAAUGUCAAACGGAAGUGCACUGUACAGGAAGACUGCUGCUACUGCAAUAGAGCUACCCUUCCCCUAAUCAUUUGUGUCCCAGUUCAACUCUUAUUAUUGGGUGAGUUGCUACGCGUGGGUUUAUCAAGACAAGGCUUUACAGGGACGGCCCGCUCAAAUUUCACACAUUUUCUGAUUUAUUAGACUUGUUACAACUUGGAGUCAGAAAUGGAAAACAUUGGCCUAAAUGACUGAGUAUUUUGACCUCUAAAUAGCAUUAGCAUUUGUCUGUUAUUUUUGGGAACCAUGUGUCCUGUCAUUUAGCCAUAAGUUAGACAUUCUGUGCUCAACCAAUGUUACAAAUGGUAUGGAUGUAGUGCAUUGCAGUCAAACUACUCUCGAUUUGACCGAAAUUUGCGUGAACUGUCCUUGUAAACUGAAUUGCUAUGUGGGUAGAGGGCACAAGUAAGCAAGGCGUCGUUACUGGCUCUGGUCUAAUGCCAAUCUUUCUCCUCUUCCAAUCAGGAACCUCCGGCGGAUACGUAAGUGCCAGAGAGGGUGGGAGCAGCUGCAGCAGGCGAAGGCGGCUACGGGGAUAUCGGAGAAGUCCCACAGCACUGAGGACCUGAAGAUGGAGUGCAUGUUCAAGCUCAACUCGUACAAGAUGGUGUACGUCUUCAAGUCGGAGGACUACAUGUACAGACGCACUGCGUUGACCCGGGCUCACCAGGUAGGCAACACCACCAACCAACGUUCCCUCAAAAGAAAAUUGUCACUGAGCAAAUUUCAGGUCUGCUGAGUGCAAACUUGAACGUUGUGAAAAUUCUGUGCAACUUCCAGUGCACGUUUACUGUGAACACUGAGUAGGUGACUGUGGCUUUUUCAUCAAAAACAAUGGAUAGAAUGGAUCCCAUAACAUUUUAACAUGGAAAUAGCUGUUCUAUCAUUCAGCCUUCAGUAGCAGCCAAUGUGUGUUCAAUGUAGGCCUACAUUCCAUGAGACUUUUGAAAAAAACAUGCAGGGCUUGACAUUAACCUGUUUAUACAAUUGUCCUUCAGACAAGUAGGUGACUGAAAACGUUGUUGUUUGAUGCAAGAAACCACUUUACAAAAUAAAAUGCGUUAUUAUUCCCAUACCAUUAUUACAGAGAAUCAGACAAAUUAUGUUACCCUCUGCCUAUUGGCUACUUAGCUUAUUCAAGCCUGUCUCAAAAUACAACACUGCCUCUUUAAGACCAAAUAAAAAGUAUUUACUUGACUGGCUUUUCAAAGAUGUCUAGAAAUGUACACGUUUUGUGCUCUUGUAGGAAGCAAUCACUCCCCUAUUGAAGACUACAAAUGAUGUGUAACUGGACUAAUAACUCACUAACUAGCAAAGGGUAUGAACAAAAUGUGCACACCUGGCUACAUGCAGGGAAUACUCUAGAACGGUGGUCACCAACCUUUUCUGAGCCAAGAUCACUUUCUGAGUCUAAAUGCAAGCCGAGAUCUACCGCUCAGAUUUAUUUUUAGCAGGACUUAAAAAACGUAAGCCUAUGCAACAUUAACCAAUGAAAAACAGGACUGUAGCAAUGAGGUUUGUCCAGUAAGCUAUAUCACCGCAUAUUGGCUUUGCUUGAAUUGCCCUGCCAAUGCAUUGUUGUUCGGGCCAUUUAAAAAAUAUAUACAUUUCAAAAUUUGAGGUAGGCUAUAUGACCACACCGCUAAUAGAUGCGUUGUUGUAUUACUUGUGAGGCACAGCUGAGUGAACAUGCAUUGAAAUCAUUUGCUUUUUAUUGUACUGGGCUGAUUGUGCCUGCAUCUGAUGGUCAGUCUCAGCGGAGGGAGAGAGCAGCAGACUGAGAGUCCACCUCAACAUCCCUCCGCUCUCCCUUUCCUCCACUGCCUCUCAACAUCCCUCUGCUCUCCCUUUCCUCCACUGCCUCUCAACAUCCCUCUGCUCUCCCUUUCCUCCACUGCCUCUCAACAUCCCUCUGCUCUCCCUUUCCUCCACUGCCUCUCAACAUCCCUCUGCUCUCCCUUUCCUCCACUGCCUCUCAACAUCCCUCUGCUCUCCCUUUCCUCCACUGCCUCUCAACAUCCCUCUGCUCUCCCUUUCCUCCACUGACACUGACCAAAAAGGGACAUCGUCUUCCAGCUGAUGGCGAAACUCAUAAUGCGCACCGCAUUAUUUCUGUUCUCAUGCACAAAUUCAUGUUGUUACUCCUAUGAACAGAGAAAGUGAAAUAUUCCUCGACAUUAAGAAAGACCCAAACUGGUAAUAAUAAUAACACAAGCCUAUAGAUACACUUUCCUACUCAUUCAUUACUGCUGCAGUGCUUGUUGUAGCGCUGAGUGGAAAUAGGAAGAACCCGCAUUUUAUGGCUGAUAAAAGUGUUGAAUACAAAGUGUAAGAACUUAAACAUGAACUCACUCAUAAAAGCAGCAUCUCUUAGCUGUAUUCGUUGACAGUCUCUCUCUAGUCAUGGUUCUAAAUGUUUUGAAAUCUCACAGUAUCAACUUUGCUGUAGCUUUAUUUUAUGCCUGCUACGUUACUGCAGACACGGUCAUCUGAGCCAUCCGAUUGGCCAGCGGUAGGCCUAUAGUGCACUUGAUUUGCACUCCGGGCCCACCGGUAAGGCAGAGUUUGUACCUUCAGACACAUGAAGCGGUUCAAAAUGGCAACAGUUGGCUCGCAGGGCAGAUGAAUCGGGUGCCCCUACCGUGAACAGCCCGAGACCAAUGAAAUAAAUGAGGAGCACAAGGCUUUAUCGUUGUUUUUUUACAGAAAUGUUUGGCGAUCGACUAGGAAUGCCUUGGAGAUCCAACAGUCGAUCGCCAUCGACCGGUUGGUGACCACUGCUCUAGAAAGUUGAGUGAAGUUCAAUCUCGUGCUUCUCUCUGUGGGUUGAUAUUUCUUCUGCACAGCAGUCCUGGGGGAGUUUAGAGGGGAACCUUGCCACCAACUGCUCAGACAUUGUUUAAAUGACAUUCAAUGAUAUUGUAUUACCUCACUGACUUUACCACUUGAUGAUAUGUAGGAAAUUGUUGAAAAAUCUGUAAAGAUAUAGGAAUAUGUAAAGAUAUCCAAAUAUGUAAAGAUAGUGUUUUCCAUUAGGUUACAGACUCAUUUUCAGCCAGCAACUUUUUCCACUAGGCUACUUUUCAUUUAAAUGAACGAUAUGCAUCUUCUAGCGAUCUAUUGGGGCUCCCGAGUGGCGCAGCGGUCUAAGGCACUGCAUCUCAGUGCUAGAGGGGUCACUACAGACCCCCUGGUUUGAUUCCAGGCUGUAUCACAACCGGCCGUGAUUGGGAGUCCCAUAAGGCGGCGCACAAUUGGCCCAGCGUCGUCCGGGUUUGGCCGGUGUAGGCCGUCAUUGUAAAUAAGAAUUUGUUCUUAACUGACUUGCCUAGUUAAAUAAAGGUAAAAAACAUAAAUUUAUAGGAUGUCAGUCUCAAAGCGAGCGUUGACAAGGAAUCGCAGUCUGCUGUCUGUCUGGUACAAUUUGUGUGCGCUGUGGUUGGUUGAAGUCAAAUGUAUUUACUCAGAGGAGGGACGGGAGAGCGCAUGAUGCUCGUGAAUUGUGGUAACAAUGAGUCGAAAUCCACGACUUAGUCUCUAAUUUGUUUUCUGGCACAUUCAUUUAUUUAGUUUUGCGUGUUUCACAUAGCCAGCCACGACUUGUGGUGUAUAGUAGGAUAUUUACUGUGCAUUGAUUGACAACUGAACAGCAAGUGUUGACUACUUUAUAAAAGGUGUCAAACUGACUGCUAUAUCCCUUUGCCAUUAAUAAAUCAUGCAACGUGGUUAUAUGUUCAUGGCAUCGCAUCGGGACAAGAAAACCAAAGGGUUUCCUUUCCUAGGAUGUCGGGGCUUGCCAGACAGUGACGCUAAAGUGAGUGGGUCUCGUCAGUCAGUGUAGCCUACCGAAUCGCAUCGGUGAGAGAGCCUUUCAUUUGGCGCCCUAAUUUUGGUAGGCUUUUUGGCUAUUAUCUGUAGAUAAAUGAUGAAAACAUUGGAUGAGGAUGGUGAAUCAUCACUGCAGGAACAGUAGGUAGUGGAGAUCCUCAUUCGGGUCUAAAUAUGAUCAUUAGGGCCCUCACGGAAUCCAGGCAUUAAAACGGAAUUCAACAAUAUUCUAAAAUGUAUUAACCUUAGUAGGGAAUCAACUACAUGUAUCAAAUUAAUUAAUUACCCCAAGUUUAUCAUAAGACAUGAACAUAAUGCAUCAUUGAUUCGCAUUUCCUGUAACUUUCUGAAGAGGCAAGGAGAAUGCCCCUGUCUGUGUGUGUGCAGUCUACCACUUUGUGUAGCCGUUAGCGAUUAUGCUAAUAAAAACAGUCUUCUGGUAUAUGGAAAGGCAUACUCAAAAACCCACAUUCUGAAAUUGCAUUUUUGUCCCGCCCAGUUUUAUCAUUGGAAUGUGAUACAAAACGAGGCAACAGUGUGCUUUAGGACCAUGCGGACGCCUCUGAGCGGUCGGGUAGGCUGUUUGGAGUGUUUAUCUGACAACAAAAAAAAAGUUAUGUCCCCCCUCACUUCUAAAACUAAAGUUGCACCCCUGCUCUCAAUUAAACGUUAACUACAAAGUAGCCUAUGCUUACCUGGCAGAAUGAUAUCAUGAUUAUUUUUCAUCUUUCCAGUGGGUAUUUGUUUUGCAAACUCUACCAUCACAUGUGCGCUACAAAAACGCUGCUAAACAACUGGCUCUUGCUAGGUGCACACAUGAAUUAAGAGAAACAUAAUGGCCGCUUACUGACGUUUCAACCAACAUAGUCUUGGUUAGAGUGCUGAUAUGAUCUUGAUGUGGGGUGUUCUGUGCAAAAAGCUUUCGCUACAGCUAACCCCGUUGUCCCCCUUUUCCCCAGUCCCACCAGAGAGUCCACACUCGCCUGCACCGCCGCUUCCAAGGCUUGGUGGACACCUGGGCCAAGGAACACGUGACCAGCGACAUGGCCACUGAUACGCGCAAGUGGCUGAUGGGAGAGCGUCGCGAGGGUCUGUUGCCGUGCACCACCACCCGGGAUCCCCAGGUCCUCCAUUACCUGAACAUCAACAGAUACCACGUGAAGUAUCAUGGCACCUCGUCAGGGGCACCU